AUGUUUUCCAGUGCAGCUCUCCUAUUGGCUUUCGCUGCGUCUUUUCUCCUCGUCCAGGUCUCUGCAGAAUGUACCCAAUUCUCAACCAAUGGCUCGACAGCAGCAACGUACGACUUCUAUCGCUUCUACGACUUUAGGAACAUUCGUGAUAAUAUUGAUGGCGAUGCGGCUGCCGCCUCGUCUUACGGAAAGAGUUACACGGCUACUGAAUCGGCCAAUGGCCAGUCCAAGAUCAUCGAAGCUGCUCCCUGGAACUCGGGUUGGAAUGCUAGAGAUUGGUUCAGACCUUCCCCCAAAAAUGACACGAUAGACAUGCACUACAAACCGUCUCGUGUAUCAAUCAGCAACAACACCGACAAAUCGGAGGAACAUUCGACUUACCUCUCUUUGCAUACGACAAGGCUUUCAGACGGAAGCCAGCUGGCGGCUGAGCUUGACUUUGCAGAAUACAACGUCACAUUCGCCUCUAUCCGCAUGUCCGCGCGCAUCCAUGGAGCCAGUGGCGCUAUUGCUGGCUUCUUCACGUACCACGAUGACACAUCCGAGUCGGAUAUAGAGAUUCCAACCGGAGGCUCGGCAGAAGAAGUGCACUACUCCAAUCAGCCUACCACUGACCCCGACACUGGAGUAGCUAUUAAUGGCGCAACAUUCAAUGUGUCAAUGGAGGCUCACCAACCCACUUCGACUUGGAACAAUUACAGACUGGACUGGGUGGAUGGAAGAAGCGCGUGGUAUAUGAACGGAGCGCAGUCAGCGGAUACAGAAGUUAAUGUGCCGGAUAAGGAGAGCAUGAUCAUCCUGAGUCUUUGGAGUAACGGUGGUACUUUCUCUGGACGUAUGGACAUUGGUCAAGAUGCCUGGUUCGAUGUACAAUGGGUUGAGCUGUUAUUCAACACGAGUACCAGUGCCAGUCCGGAUACGAGUGGUACGGUAUGCUCGGUAGAGUCAUCGCUGGGUUCGCCGACACCCAACGCAUCUCCUUGUCUUCGGGAUCUAGUCACGGAGUGCAUUUGGUGGGCUAUUGGGGUGGCGUCAACAGUGAGCUUCAUGGCCUUCAUGUAG